CCGCCCACUCGGCCCCGGCGCCCGACGGCGGGCAGAGCGGCGCGGAGCCCCGGCGGCGCGGACCCAGACCACUUCCCAGCCCGAGCCCGCGCCGCCCCGGCCGCUCUCGAGAGCCGGAGUACCGUCCGGAGACUGCCCUGCAGGUCCUGCCCCAGCUGGGACCUUCCUGGCCACUCCCACAAAAAAAGCACACCCUAGGCGCCAUGCAGGGAGCUCUGAUGCCUCUUCCUUCACUGUUGCUGUUGCUGUUGGGGUGUGGACCACAGAUGUCCUCUGGCGGUGGAGCUGCAAGGGCAGCUGGCUAUGCGCCGGUGAAAUACGUGCAGCCCAUGCAGAAAGGACCUGUUGGACCACCCUUUCGUGAGGGCAAGGGCCAGUACCUGGAAAUGCCUCUACCGUUGCUGCCAAUGGACUUGAAAGGAGAGCCAGGUCCCCCUGGGAAGCCGGGGCCUCGGGGUCCGCCUGGCCCUCCUGGCUUCCCGGGAAAGCCAGGCACUGGAAAACCAGGGCUCCAUGGGCAACCAGGCCCUGCUGGCCCCCCUGGCUUCUCCCGGAUGGGCAAGGCUGGUCCCCCAGGGCUCCCAGGCAAGGUUGGACCACCAGGGCAGCCAGGGCUUCGGGGGGAGCCAGGGAUACGAGGGGACCAGGGACUUCGGGGACCCCCAGGUCCUCCAGGCCUUCCUGGUCCCUCAGGCAUUACUGUCCCUGGAAAACCAGGUGCCCAGGGGGUACCAGGGCCUCCAGGAUUUCGGGGAGAGCCAGGUCCUCAAGGGGAGCCUGGACCCCCAGGAGAUAGAGGACUCAAGGGGGACAAUGGAGUAGGCCAGCCAGGGCUACCUGGGGCCCCUGGGCAGGGAGGUGCCCCUGGACCCCCUGGGCUCCCUGGUCCAGCUGGCUUGGGGAAACCAGGUUUGGAUGGGAUGCCAGGGGCCCCUGGAGAAAAGGGUGAGUCUGGGCCCCCUGGAGUUCCAGGCUCUAGGGGGGAGCCAGGAGCUGUGGGUCCAAAAGGGCCCCCUGGGGUAGAUGGUUUGGGGAUACCAGGGGUAGCAGGGGUGCCAGGGCCACAGGGCCCAGCAGGGGCCAAAGGGGAGCCAGGGCUCCGGGGGCCCCCUGGUCUGAUAGGCCCUACCGGCUAUGGGAUGCCAGGACAACCAGGACCUAAGGGGGACAGAGGCCCAGCUGGGGUCCCAGGGCUCUUAGGGGACAGAGGUGAGCCAGGGGAAGAUGGGGAGCCAGGGGAACAGGGUCCACAGGGCCUGGGGGGUCCCCCUGGACUUCCUGGGUCUGCAGGGCUCCCUGGUAGACGUGGUCUUCCUGGGCCCAAGGGAGAGGUAGGACCUGGAGGUCCCCCAGGGGUACCUGGUAUUCGGGGUGACCAAGGACCUAAUGGCCUGGCUGGGAAGCCUGGGCUCCCAGGUGAGAGGGGCCUUCCUGGGGCCCAUGGACCUCCUGGACCAACUGGGCCCAAGGGUGAGCCAGGUUUCACAGGCCGCCCUGGGGGACCAGGGAUGGCAGGAGCCCUAGGGCAGAAAGGUGACUUGGGGCUUCCUGGGCAGCCUGGAAUGAGGGGCCCCUCUGGAAUCCCAGGACUCCAGGGCCCAACUGGCCCUAUUGGGCCCCAGGGUCUGCCAGGCCUGAAGGGUGAACCAGGUCUUCCAGGGGCCCCUGGAGAGGGGAAAGUAGGGGAACCUGGAUCUGCUGGGCCCAUAGGGCCCCCUGGGGUCCCUGGCUCCCCAGGACUCACAGGUCCUCCUGGGCCCCCUGGGCCUCCUGGCCCUCCUGGUGCCCCUGGGGCCUUCGAUGAGACUGGUAUUGCAGGCUUGCACCUGCCCAACGGUGGUGUGGAGGGCGCUGUACUGGGCAAGGGGGGCAAGCCACAGUUUGGGCUGGGUGAGCUGUCAGCCCAUGCCACUCCAGCCUUCACCGCAGUGCUCACCUCACCUUUCCCAGCUUCAGGCAUGCCAGUUAGGUUUGACCGGACUCUCUACAAUGGCCACAGUGGCUACAACCCAGCGACUGGCAUCUUCACCUGUCCUGUGGGAGGCGUCUACUACUUUGCCUACCAUGUACAUGUCAAGGGUACCAAUGUGUGGGUGGCCCUGUACAAGAACAAUGUGCCAGCCACCUACACCUACGAUGAGUACAAGAAAGGCUAUCUGGACCAGGCGUCUGGAGGGGCUGUGCUCCAGCUGCGGCCCAAUGACCAGGUGUGGGUGCAGAUGCCCUCAGACCAGGCUAAUGGCCUCUACUCCACUGAGUAUAUCCACUCUUCCUUUUCAGGAUUCUUGCUCUGCCCCACAUAACCCGUGGGAGGCCCUGCUGCCCUGGCCUCCUCCUCUUUAGUGGUAGAGAGACCUUCUCAGUUACAGAGACCUCCAUAUAAAGGAAAGAACAAAAGGCUGAACAGAGGCGGCGGUGGCCUUGGCCCAAGGAGACUGACCUGCUUUCCCCGUGUGUAGGCUGAAACCCGAGGGCAUUUCUGGAAGGGGUUGACCUGAGUUCCUUUCCCCUCGGUGUCUGUGCAGGCUGGGAUCUGCACUCUGUUCUGGACACCCCGUGAGUCUUGGAUGCUGCUGCUGCGGGAGAUGGUUUUCCUGAUGGCCCUAGAUGGCACCUGCUCAUGGAAUGGACCAUGGGCUUCCUCAGUCAUGGUUGGGCCUGUUCCAGCUCCCCAGGGACCUUGAGCAUAUGACAAUAGGUUCUCUGAGGUUUUUGUUUCCUUUUGGGGAAAAGGAAGAAGGGGGCAGGGACCACGGAGAAGGUCUGUAGACAGCCCCUCAGGAAUACACCCCAGGGUGAUGCUGUGGCAUGCGACCUGACCUGGUGGGGACAGUUUAAGGCAUUUGCUACCCGCCCCUUGAAGGCUCCUGAAACAGCCAGCCAUGGGAAGGAUGGUCUGUGAGGGGCCAGGGGCAUAAGGACUGCCAUGGGCUGAUACUGAUCUUUGAAGCGUCUGCAUGGAUUACAGAGCCAAGCAGGACUGCCAAUCAGCAAACAAGCACUCUUUCCUUUCACCUGCUGGGAGGGGCUAGUUUUCUCAGAGCAUUAUGGGAUGCUUGCCAUCCCCAACCCAAGUGUCCCUAAGGUAGAGAGCCUCUCACUGGGCCCUCUGAACGGGGGACACAUCAGCUUGGGAUGAAGCAGACUCCCACUUGUCUUUCCUUAAUCACUCUGUGGGUAUUUGUGUCUACUAGAGGGGUGUGGCACUUCCUCUCCUUCUACCCUCUGCUUCCAAUUUCCUGUUCUAAGCAGGGUAAGGCCUGGGAGGCUGAAGCUCUGAGAAAGGAUGCCAACAGGCUCCACUGUAAUGAGCUGGCUCCGGAGGUUCUGCCACUCUCCUUAACAGGGCGCCACUGUAGGCAACAGGCUGGCUCUUUUCCCAGCCCUGUGGCCCCCAGUUCAAGCCAAGAUCAGUGCUGGGGGCAGGAACGGUGGGCAUUCUUGCCCAUGUAAGGAUGGCCAUUUUCUCCAUGGCUCAUGGCCUCCCUCAGCCCUCACCUUGGCCCAUUUUCUGUACUAAGCAUGAAUCUGGAUCAUUCAAAAAGUGAUGCUCUCCACUGCCCAUACUGAAGGAUGGAUGACUGGGCCCACGCUCCUCCCCAGCCACAACUCUAAAGCAGCCUAGCUGACUGCUCACUUCAGCUUCCAAAGGGAGAAUCUGGCUGAGGAAAGAUUUUGGCUGGGGCUCACAGUGUACCUCUCUGUCACACCCAAGAGAUCCAAAUAGUCUCAGAUCCUUGCUGGGGCCCUUUGUUUCACCUCCUCUCCUGGGUCAAAGCACUAAUGUGAUGUGUUAGGUAAGGAUGGGUUCUGAUGGGAAGAGAUUAACGAGUUCCUAGAGGGAGCAGGGGCUGAGUAGGGCACCAGGGAGGUCAAAAAGAGCAGUUUCACAGAGUGGAGCAUCUACCAAAUUCCAUCCCGAAGCCUUAGGGAAGGGUGGGUGGCAUUUUUGAACCGUUAUGGAUUUGAGCUGUGUCACUGACUAGCUUUGACAAACCAUGUCAGGUUUUAACUAUGACAACUAGUAACCUUGUGCAUUUCUGUAUUCUUUUUUUUUUUUUUAAGAUUAAGGUUUAAAUGCUUUCCAUUAGUAAUUUCAUCCCUAACCUGGGGUAGGAAGUUUAGUUCUCUACUUAUCAUGUGCCCUGUGUCACAGAUUCAGGAAAAAUGCACUGGGGAAAUCAGAGAAAACGAGACUUCUUUUUGAAAAGUCUACAGUAUUGACCAUCUCAAUAAAACCUGUUAUACCAACA